UGCCUUGUGUUGUGGAGAGAUUAUCAGUUUGUUGUUAAAAUGGAGAGAUUCUCUGUUAUGCUGUGCUUGUUUAUUGUGAUGAGCUGUUGUUCUGUUUCUGCCACCUGCUAUGUUUCAUGCUUCCCACAUGAGAGAGAUGCCCUCCUUGCUCUCAAGGAUGAGUACUAUAAAUACAUGGAAGAGUACGCUGCCAAGAAAUAUGAGUCAUGGAAGGGGUUCAAUUGUUGUGAGUGGUGUGGUGUUGAGUGCAGCCACUCCUCCUCCCACGUCAUCCAACUCCGCUUCUCCAACAAUUAUAUUUUCAAAACACUUGUUCCAGUUUUGUUUCAAUUAAAGCACAUGGAGUAUUUGGACUUAAGCGGAAAUUGGUUUAGUGGCCACCUACCCAAAGAAUUAUUUGGUCUCCAAAAUUUGAGGCAUCUAGAUCUCUCUAGGAACAAUUUUGAAGGUGAGAUUCCUAUGGAUGUUGGCUCUGUACACACAUUGAAUCACCUCAACUUGGCUUGGAAUGAAGUGUUUAACUCUAGUUUAAGGUGGGUGGAGAAGCUGCAAGAGCUGAGAUAUUUGUCUCUUGAAGGUGUAGUGUUGAAUAUGACAACCUGGAAUUUGGAAGCAACCAUCUCUCAUCUCCAUCAUCUCCAUUACCUAAACCUUGCCAAUUGCUAUCUAUCAGGGCACAUCCCCAAUGCCAUCCAAAACCUCACCUCCCUCUCCCAUCUUAUUUUAGAUGAAAAUUACCUUAGUUCUAUAGUGCCUUCAUGGUUGGGAAAUAUGCCUCAUUUGCAAGAGCUUAGUUUGUCUGAAAACCCAUCAUUGAAUGGAGAUGUAGGUCAGAUAUUAUGUUGUGAAUGUCCACGAUUGACCAAAAUUGUUUUCAGACAAACCAAUAUAACAGUGAUUAUUCCACCUUGUAUUGGAAAUAUUUCUUCCCUCCUCCAUAUUGAUAUGAGUAAACCAAUGUAUUACUUUGGUAUGGGAAAGGUGGAAGGAAUUAUUCCUUCUUCCCUUGGCAACAUCUCUAGUCUUCAGACACUAAAUCUUGGAGGAAACUCAUUGAGUGGAGAGAUCCCACCCUCACUUGGUCAACUUUCAUCUUUGAUUGAACUUGAUCUCUAUGGCAAUAAGCUUAGUGGUAGUAUACCUUUCUCAGUUGGUCAUCUUUCAUCUUUGAUUUAUCUAGAUCUCUCCCACAAUAAAAUCGAUGGUCAAAUACCUUCCUCAUUGGGUAACAUUUCAUCCUUGAGAGGUAUUUAUCUUGAUGAUAAUCAACUGAAUGAUACAAUUCCCACUUGUCUUGCACUUCUCCCUCAUGUGGAAACGGUUUAUCUCUAUUCCAACAACUUGCAAGGUAAUUUUUCUCUUGAUUCUUUCAUAAGUACUAGUAACUACCUUCGACUUGAUCUUUCUUAUAAUAAAUUGACUAUCCAAGUUGACCCAAAAUGGAUACCUCCAUUUUCCCUAAAAAUUUUAGCAUUAUCUUCUUGUAAUAUUGAAGGUAUCCGACCUCCAUUCCUUUCAACACAAUAUCAAUUACAGGUUUUGCAUCUCUCCCAAAAUAAUCUAUGGGGAACCAUUCCGCCUUGGCUAGGAGAUUUACCUAGUCUACAAAGUUUAAAUCUAUCAUAUAAUAAUUUACAAGGUCCACUACCCCUUACCAUCUACAUGCAUUCAUUCACAUAUUUAGAUCUACAUAACAAUCAAUUGAAUGGUUGUCUUCCAAUUCCUUCAGGAUCUUCCUCAUAUGUUCAACUAUUGGAUCUAUCAGAAAAUGGUUUUACAGGUGUUAUCCCAGUGCAAAUUGGCAAGAUUUUACAAGGCAUUAGAUUCUUGUCAUUUUCAUCAAAUUAUCUAAGUGGUGGAAUUCCUUCCACCAUUGGUCUUUUGCAACAGCUAAAAGUUCUAGACCUAUCAAAGAAUAGAUUAUCUGGUAAAAUACCAUUAAGACUAACUAAUUUCUCUUCUUUGACAAGAUUGAACUUGGGAAAGAAUAAUUUGAUGGGGGAGAUUCCAGCUCAGAUAGGAAUUUUAAGCUAUCUUGUGGCACUACAACUGAAUGGAAAUAUGCUUAAGGGAAACUUGCCAUCAAGUCUUCAUAAUUGCUCUAGCUUGCAGAUUUUAGAUGUGGGUGAUAAUUUAUUAGUGGGAAAUAUACCCCUUUGGCUAUCAAAAUUCACCGAGUUGAUGAUACUUAUUUUAAGGUCAAAUAAACUCCAAGGGAACAUUCCAAACCAAUUAAGCAAUCUUUCAAAAUUGCAUGUGCUAGAUAUUUCACAUAAUUAUUUGACUGGGGCCAUCCCAUCAUAG